AUGCCUUCCUGGUCGGAUCGUGAUAAGCGGGCAGGUCGAACGCGGGAUGAUGCUUCCUUGUUCGGACAGAGUGGUCGUGAGCGGCACAUAGUCGUGGGACUGAAAUGGGUCGACCGCGGGCGGAUGCUUCCCGGGUCGAUAUGUGCGCUCGGCCGUGCACUCAUGUGGGACGAACGUGGCGUUCUGCGCGGGUCGAGUCGUCCCACGAUCGACCGAGCCAGUUUCACGUCCUCCCUACUCAGUCCCAGCAUAUCGAUCCUCAUCAGGUACAGCGCCUCAUCUUUCUCUUUCACGUCCCAGCCGGGUCUCACUCCGGGGGCUCCCAUGGAGGCUCCCAUUCAACGACUGGCUGAUACUAGUGGACGAAUUUCGUCGAACUGGUCCAUGAAAUUCAGCUUCUGGCUCAAACUCCUCCUUGGUCUAAACGGAUCUGUGUGA